CAUAAGGAUUACUUCAACUAUCUGCCGGGCCUUUGCUUGAUUAUUCCCUUCUUACUUUUUGAUCAUACAAAGGGUGCGAGGCUCGUGGUCGUCGAGCUCGGUUUAGAGUUCGAGAUCGCAGCAGGUAUCCCUAUUCUUAUACCCUCCGCUUGCUUCACUCACUACAACACCAUUCUGGAGGAGGCGGGUGUCAGGAAUUCGUUUACGGCGUGGACUGACGGUUCAAUUUUUCUGUGG